CUCACAUCCAUUCGCACAACUCCAUCGUCUGCCAGAGUAUCGAGAAGUAAUUAUGGUUUGCUGCUGAGUUGACCACCCUUAGCUCUGAUGGAGUUCGACUUUGCGUCGCUUGCCUUUGGAGGCGAGCAGCAUAUAUCCUUUUGGGACAGCAAACGAAUUGCUACGCUGAAACCCGAUGACCAGGAGCUGCUUACAAAGCUGCUCGACGUGUUUGGCAAGAAGUCCGCGGUCGCACAGGGCCUUGGCGCCCCGGUCACGGACAUAUACCGCCUACGGAGCACGGACCAGCGGCUCUACCUGUACAUGUACCGCGAAUCCCGCAAGACGGUUGUGUUGGGAGGCCUCAAAGUCGGCAGCAAGCGCCUCUUUGUGCGCACGGGCACGGCGGACCUGCGGGAGAUAGAGCCGGUUUGUGUGCUGGACUUCUAUGUGCACGAGUCCUGCCAGCGCCAGGGCGUUGGCAAGGCCCUGUUCGAGCACUUCCUGAUGGCCGAGGGCCACGACCCCGCCACUCUGGCCUAUGACCGGCCCUCGCCCAAGCUGCUAGCCUUCCUGAGGAAGCACUACGGCCUGGAGCAGUACGUGCCCCAGUCCAACAACUACGUGGUGUUCGACCGCUACUGGGAGCUCUGCCCCCCCGGCAGCAGGCAGCCGCACAGGGGCCCCGGGUCCAUGCCGCCCGGCGCGUCGGGGCAGCUGCAGGGCCGCAACGCCAGCCGCGGCUCCGUUGCCUCCAUCAGCACGCCCAGCGGCCAUGGUGGCCACGGCCCGCGUGCCACGCCACUCAUGGGCAUGAUGCCGCCCGGCUCGGGCGCCGGCGGCUACCCGCCCCACUGGACACCCAGCGCCCUCGGCUCGCCCAGUGGCGGGCACCCCGGCGGGCCGCCCGCUCCCAUCGGCAACUCACCAAGCUUCGGCCGGCGCUGGGCGUCCAACAACUUCGGGCAGGGGCCGCCGCAGGCGGCGCCGCCGUACCCUGCACCCGGGACGGCGGGUGGGCCGGCGUUCAGCAUCCCGCCUGCCGGCGGCGAUGCGCAGGGCGGCAUUGUAGACGCGCUGGACGCGUUCGCGCGGCAGCAGCAGCAGCAGGGCUCGGGGGCGUCGUCGCCGCAGCGCGGCGGUGCGGGGGCGCCCUGGGAGGGCGGCGCGGCGGGGCCGGCCGGCACCGGGGCUUCUGGCUUUGGCGGCGGGGCAGGCACAUGGCCUCCUCAGGGUGCGCCGGAGCUGCCGCCCGCGGGCGCACCCAGCGGCAUGCAACCGCCGGGCAGCCGCGGCGCCUACAGCUACCGGCCGCCGUGGGCUACCGACGAGGCCGCCGGGCCCAGCGGCGGCAGUGCAAGCGGCGGCGUGGAUGCGGGGCCGGGCGCAGGGCCGGGCGCCGCCGGGUACGCUGGCUUCAACAGCCCGCCGCCGCCCAUGCGGACUCCUUCUAAGGACCGAUUCGGCAUGGGGCCGGGAAACGGAGGGCCCGCGCCCGUGCAGCGCAGCCCCAUGCACAGUAUCCUGGGCGGCGGCGGUGGCUACGACGCGGUUGCGGGCGGGAGGAGCGGCGCCGCCCAGACUCGCGCGCUACAGCAGCAGCUGCUGUCCAUGCAGGCAGGCGACGGCGCGGUGGCGGCAGCAGCCGCAGGCGGCCCCGUGCUCGGCGGCGGCUACGGUGGCGGUGGCGGCCACCCAGGGUCCUAUCAGCAACAACAACAGCAUGCGCCGCCAUCGCUUUAUUCGGGGGCGCCGCCGGCGCAUGGAGCAGGGCAGGGCGGUGAUGAGGACGGCGGGCGGCUUCCAGGCAUGAUGGGACACGGGUCCUUGGCGUUAGGAAUGCUGGGUGCGGCGCCGUCGGGGCGCCAUGGUGCCGGGUCGGGCGGUCACGCGGGUGGCCCAGGUGGGGGGCCGCCCGGGGGCACGUCCGCGGGCACGCCGCCAGCGGCGGGCGGCCACAGCGCAGCCAAAUUGAUGGCGGUGAAGCAGCGGUCGGGUGCCGGCGCGGCGGACUGCCUGGUGUGGUGAUAGUGUAGUGAAUAUUGCGCUGCGGUGUGUGGCAGGACGGAAACGUGGCCAGCAGGCAAGGAAAUGGUGAGAGACAUUCAUCCGGGUAGCGCCAAGGCGCAUGGGGCUGCAGUACUGGAAGUCGUGCAUGUGAGAGGGCGGGCUGAGGACUCGUGCAUGCAUAGUUUGGCGGUAUACGGGCGCAGACGCGGCAAGAGGCAACGUCUGGCACACGCAAGUUUGCCAAGAGCGCUCAUGUUAGCAAUUGCGGGACCCAGUCCUCUACGGCUCUACCCGUAUCUAGCACGCCUAUGCAUUUGACUUGUCCGGUUGACUGGCAGCCCUGACGGUGCCAAGAACCCUUUAGGCCAGCAAUCGCGACUACCUGCCUCGUGCACUAACACAUAAACGCGUUUGCUUGAGUCACACGCAUGAGUCACACGCUCGGGCUGGCUAUGAACUUAGCCCCUGCGCCCAGCUAUCAGUGCCGACUGAUCGUGGCCUGCAUCGACGUUUGUUGUAGUCGAUAUCA